GUAAACAUUUAUGUUUGGAUCCCUAUAAUCCAUCAAUGGUGCUUUUAUUGAGAGUUUGAGCAAAAAUAAAGUGAGAAAACCUCCCAAAAAGAAUAUGUCCAAAACACAAAAAAAUCCAGUCAAAAACUAUUCUGGAAAAUAUCAUAAAAUAGCCGAAGUUUCAGAUCUGGAGAGGUUGGAAGAAUCACAGCCUGCGUUCGGGCAGACCCAACAGUCCCCGGCGAAGUCUAGUCCGGUCACAUCCGUCACAGCCGCCACGCCGGUAGCCAUCGCAGCUCAAGGAACGCCCAGGCCGCGAUUAGAACUCCGGAGUCAUCCGCUUCGGCGGUUGAGGCUCAACCUCAAAUACCGCCAUUAAUGGCCGCUUCAACGCUCCUGGAGUAACGAGGUGCACCUCCGGACGAAAAACAUGCCCUGAAUCUGCAGGACCCGCCGGAGCGGCCCGAGCAGUAAUAGUUCUGACGGACCUCUCCUCACCCCUCCGAUGACUGCGAACCCCGGAGCUUGGCAGAGCAGCAACGGACAUCGAGGGGUCCUCUCCCCUUUUUGACGAUGACCGUGACCGGGAACUCCCUUCCUCUCCAUCAGCGACGCCGAUUAUUCUCAGUCUUAGGGACAGCAACUCCGACGAUGGCCAAAGCACUCUCCCUCUUCGGAAGCUCUGUCCGCAGAAGCUUGGGUAAGGUGUCGGGCGAGCUAGCUGUACUUGGUCAACAAGAAAUGCUGGGCUUGAUUCUUGGGCCAAGGCUACUCCAACCCCAAAUUUUACUCUCAACAAUGAUAUUGGGCCACAAUUUCAGCAACACACCCAUUUUCAGCCCAACAGAAGCUAAGUGCUUUUUCUCCAACUUUUAUGUAAAUUGUCAAAUUCUUAAACUGAUUCAAAAAAAAAAAAAUAAUUAUAAAAAUUAUGAAAUGGAAUAUUUUAAUAAUAUAGCAUCUAACUUCAAUCUCAAGGGGCGAGUCAUCCGUUAAAAGAUCCCGAAAAGCACGGACUGGCAGAUUCGAACUAAGUGACAAGUUGAGCUAGAUUAUUAAUUUAUUAUCAUUACUUUUAAAGACUUCCAAAAAAGAAAGUCAUAAAAAUGAAAAAAUUAAUAAUAUAACAUCAAACUUCAAUCUUGAGGGGCGAGUCAUCCGUUAAAAGAUCCCGAAAAGUGCGGACUGGCGGAUUCGAACUACGAACAUGAGUGGCAAGUUGAGUUAGAUUAUUAAUUUAUUAUCAUUAUUAUUUUUAAAUAGUGUGUAUUUUUUGACAUUGAAAAAACGAACUUAUUCUGAGCACUCGCAUACACCGGCGGACUAUUGAAGUCUUGCGCCACGGGUCACGACAAACGGGUGUGGCGAUAAAUAAGCUUCAAAUCCAAAUGUUAUCUAAUAGACACUCUGGUUUCUAUGUUCUAUACGAGUUAUGUGUGCGCCCUAAAACUAUCGAGUCAUACUCCAAAUUAGGCGCGUGUCACGCUCCAGUUAAGCAUAGAAACAUAAUUUGAGCCCCAACUUGAAAAUUUGAGGUCACUUAAUGUAGGCUCAAAUCCAACAGCAAAUUAUAAGCUCAAGAAAUUAUAACAAUUUUAUUUGAAUGCAUAGGUGCAACUAAAUGAUGACCAGGACUACUUAGCAUGCUGAGCUACUCACAUAGAGAGACUGGUCUCGGCCAUCCCCUCAGCAGACGGACACCGCUGCAGCUCCGUGCCUAGGUCGAAGGGUUCACCCCUUUUGCUUCAUUUUGGGGGCAUCUGAUGUACUCUUUUUCCCUCAUUAGGAUUUUUUUCCCACAGGUUUUUUCGUAAUGAGGUUUUUAACGAGGCAUCUCCCCAUUGUGGAUCAAAAAGUGUCGACCCUCGGCCCCCUAUUGAAGACAUCAUCACGAGACAUGUACUACUCUACUCCUCUUCACCUCACUACAUUCACCUCAAGGAGUGGGGGACUGGACGAGUGGGGGACUUAGCGCCACCGUUAACCAAAGAAGCAGAAAUUCCAAAAUUUUCACGAAGUUUACUCACCAGACGAUGACAGAUCAGCACACAUUUCUACUCCCUUUCGCCUCGAGUACUCUCGACUCAGGGAGUGGGGGACUCCUGAUAGAGUAUAUAAACUUGGACCCCAGGGUCUCACGACUAUUGGGUCUGGACAGCGGCCCACACACGCUUCACCGAUAUCAUUCAUAUUAUUGUACAGUCCGAUUUGUAUUUGUAUCCACUAGAUUAGCCUUUUUUAUAUCAGUCCAUUUAUGUAACCGGGUUUGUCGGGCCCAUAUUAGAGGCCCAGACCCGGAUUUCCCUAUUUAUACACCUCUUGGAGCUUCUUGUAACCUUAAGUCAUAAUUCCAUAAUUCAAUACUAUUC